AUGGCUUCCCGCCGGAACUUGUCGAGCUACCUGGUUUCCCCCAAGGAGCUGCAAGAUGCCCUCAAGAAGAACCCGCCCUCCCCCAUCAGCCCGGACCCCCGCGUCAUUCCUCUGUGCGCCUCCUGGUUCCUGCCCAACGAUGAGCGGACCGGUAUCCAGACCUUCCGGGAGCAGCGCAUCCCCAAGGCCCGCUUCUUCGACCUCGACAAGGUCAUUGAUAAGCGCAGCCCCUAUCCUCACAUGCUGCCCGACGCCAAGCGCUUCGCCGCCGCCAUGAGCGAGCUCGGCAUCCGCAAGGAGGACGUCGUCGUUGUCUACGACACCAAGGAGCUCGGCAUCUUCAGUGCGCCCCGCGUCGGUUGGACGCUCAAGGUCUUUGGCCACCAGAACGUCCACAUCCUCAACAACUUCAGGCUAUGGGUGGAGGAGGGCCUGCCCACCGAGUCCGGAGAGCUGUACAGCGUCGAGUGCUGCCCCUAUCCCAUCCCUGAGUUUGACGCAUCCAAGGUGGCAAGCUUCGAAGAUGUCAAGGAGGUGGCCCAGGACCACAACAAGGAGGGUGCCGAGGGCAUCCAGGUCCUUGAUGCCCGGCCUAACGGCCGCUUCACGGGCAAGGACCCUGAGCCUCGGGAGGGUCUGUCCUCUGGACACUUGCCGGGAUCCAUCAGUGUCCCCUUCAGUGUCGUGCUGGACCCCCAAACGAAGGCUUUCCUCCCCGCUGAUAAGCUGCGGACCGUCUUCAAGGAGAAGGGCGUGGACCCGGAGAAGCCCAUCAUCUCCAGCUGCGGCACGGGCGUAACCGCGUGUGUCAUCGAGACUGGCCUGGAGGUUGCGGGAUACGGUUCUCCUGAGAAGCGACGGGUCUAUGAUGGAAGCUGGACGGAGUGGGCUCAGCGAGUCCGACCGUCGGACAACCUGAUCUGGAAGACGGAGUGA